AUGGGGGCGGUGGCCUCCACGGUGGCGGCGCGCUUCGCCUUCUUCCCGCCGGCCCCGCCGUCGUACGGCGUGGAGCCGCCGCCGUCGCCGGCCGCGGCGGCGGCGGACGGGGCGGUGGUGGAGCUGAGCGGGGUGCCGCGGCGGGCCGGCGUGGAGGCGCGGCGGCUGCCGACGAAGCGGGGCACGGAGGUGGUGGCCAUGCACGUGCGGCAGCCAGGGGCGCGCCUCACGCUGCUCUACUCCCACGGCAACGCCGCCGACCUCGGCCAGAUGUUCGAGCUCUUCGUCGAGCUCAGCUCCCACCUCAACGUCAACCUCAUGGGUUAUGAUUAUUCUGGUUAUGGGCAAUCAUCAGGGAAGCCAAGCGAGCAGAACACUUAUGCUGAUAUAGAGGCUGCCUAUAGGUGUCUAGUAGAAACUUAUGGAGCCACAGAGGAAAACAUCAUUCUAUAUGGUCAAUCAGUUGGCAGUGGCCCUACUUUGGAUUUGGCAUCUCGUUUACCUCAUUUGAGAGCAGUUGUUCUACAUAGUCCUAUUUUAUCUGGCUUAAGAGUUAUGUAUCCUGUAAAGCAUACAUACUGGUUUGACAUAUAUAAGAAUAUCGAUAAAGUUCCAUUGGUCAAAUGUCCUGUAUUAGUAAUCCAUGGUACAGCUGAUGAGGUUGUUGACUGUUCUCAUGGGAGGGCACUGUGGGAACUCUCUAAAGUAAAAUAUGAGCCUCUGUGGGUCAAAGGUGGAAACCACUGUAAUCUGGAACUCUAUCCAGAAUACAUCAAGCACCUAAAAAAGUUUAUCACAGCCAUCGAGAAAUUACCACCUGCAAAGGAUGAAUCCGCAGAGAGUUCAGGUCCUUCAGAUCCUUGUCAAACAGGAUCAGAGAGCUCAAGAAAUAGCACGGAUGUAAAGGAUAAAUCGAGGUCAAGCAUUGAUCACAGGCAUAGCAUUGAUAGACGGGAGAAGCCAAGGGGAAGCAUAGAUAGGAGAGAUAAAAGCAGAAAGAGUAUAGAUCAUCCUGACAAGCCGAGGGCUAGUGUGGAUCAACCUGACAGGCCACGGAAAAGCAUCGAUCGCUUUGGAGGGAUGAUGAGAUCCAUGACGUCUGUCAAAUUGUGCAAUAUUGACUGCUUCAAAGUAACUUAUGCUUCCGGGAGCUGAAAAGGUUAGUGUUUGUGAGUCAUCUGUAUUUACUCCGUUUUGCAUUCUUUUGUUUGUUUGUGGCUGUGGAAGGUGUAUUGUUUUGGCUGAGGGCUUGUCUUCCUUCUUCUUGAGUUGUUUCUUGAAAAGAAAUGGCCAUUCGUUCCCAA